AUGAUGUCGGUCUGCUACGGCCGCACUGACGCCGUGGUGUUCUCUGGAGCCGCCACCGGAGACGUUUACAUCUGGAAGGACGCGCUGCUGCUCAAGACCGUCAAGGCCCACGACGGCCCCGUGUUCGCCAUGUUCUCCCUGGACAAGGGUUUUGUGACCGGAGGAAAGGACGGCGUGGUGGAGCUCUGGGACGACAUGUUUGACCGCUGUCUGAAGACGUACGCCAUCAAGAGGGCGGCGCUGUCCCCCGGGUCCAAAGGGCUGCUGCUGGAGGACAACCCCUCCAUCAGAGCCAUCACUCUGGGACACGGACACAUCCUGGUGGGGACCAAGAACGGAGAGGUCCUGGAGAUCGACAAGACGGGCCCCAUGACUCUGCUGGUCCAGGGCCACAUGGAGGGGGAGGUGUGGGGUCUCUGUCCUCACCCUCUGCUCCCGAUCUGUGCCACCGUGAGCGACGACAAGACUCUGCGUCUGUGGGAGACGUCUGCGAACCACCGCAUGGUCGCGGUGCGCAAGCUCAAGAGAGGAGGCCGCUGCUGUGCCUUCUCCCCCGAUGGGAAGGCUCUGGCCGUGGGGCUGAACGACGGAGGAGUGUUGGUGGUCAACGCAGACACUCUGGAAGACCUCAUCAGCUUCCAUCACCGCCGAGACGCCAUCUCUGACGUCCGCUUCAGCCCAGACGUGGGGAAGUACCUGGCAGUGGCCUCUCAUGACAGUUUCGUGGACAUCUACAACGUCCUGAGCAGUAAACGAGUGGGAACCUGCAAAGGAGCCUCCAGCUACAUCACACACAUCGACUGGGACGUCCGAGGUUAG